CGCCGCCGCCACCAAGAUGGAGCCGAGAAAGAGGAAGAAGCGAGAGCGCGCAAGCACUCCAGGCCUGCGUCGUGUGCGUCACUGCGGAGCGCCGCCCGUGCGCGUCACUACGGUGCGCCCACCUCGCCCUGACCUGGAGCCCCGCCCCGUUCCGCCCUGCGCAGGCGUGCUUGCCCCGUGCCGAGCUCCGCGCGUGCGCAGAGAGGCUGUGCCGGCCGUCCCGAUGGCGGCUGCGGGCGCGGUGCGGGCGGCCGUGCGGGGCUGGCUAGCCGGCGGGCGUCCGGGCUGCGGGCUGCGGCGGCUGAGCCUGGGGCCUCCGGCUCAGCCCGGCUUUGUGGAAUCCGAGGAAGAGUACCGGUUUGUGGAGCGCCUGUUACCUCCCACCAGCAUCCCCAAGCCCCCAAAGCAUGAACAGUACCCCACCCCUUGCGGCUGGCAGCCUCCCAGAGCCCCCCUCCCCGACCUGCCCUACUUCGUGCGGCGUUCUCGGAUGCACAACGUCCCCGUGUACAAGGACAUCACGCACGGUAAUCGGCAGAUGACCGUGAUCCGCAAGGUGGAGGGGGACAUCUGGGCGCUGCAGAAGGACGUGGAAGAGUUCCUGACUCCGCUGCUGGGGCACACACCUGUCACUCAGGUCAACGAGGUGACAGGCAGCCUGCGGGUCAAGGGCUACUUUGACGAGCAGCUCAAAGCCUGGCUUGUGGAGAAGGGCUUCUGAGGCAGCUGGGCAGCCUACAUGCCAGUGUCCCCCGCCACCUCCAGGCUGGCAUCUUGCUGUUAGCUGCUGGCUCUGCUCCCACUGUGGGUUUCUCUUCAUGUGGGGCUCAACUACUGAAAUUCUAAGGGUUCUGCCACUGCCUUUGAAUAGAUGAAAAUAAAUUUUAAAAAACCCCA